GGCAGUUGCAGACGUCGGACGCGUUCUUUACUCGCGGUUGUCAUUUCGUUAACCCUUUCUACACAGUCUUUUUAUUUUUCUGUUGGUUUGUUGGUGGUGUGUUCAACAGUUUGCAUCGGCAAGAAGAAGUGAGUGGUGCACGCACAGGUUCCAACAAAGCAAGCCGGAUAAGUUUUGUGUGACAAUCAGAAGAAAAAACUGUUUGUUUGGAAUCUCCCCGGAGUCAUCGGCUGAACCCGUUACAUCAAUUUCAGCAACGCUGGUAGCACAGAUCAACAUUUUCGUGCACGGGCAGAAGGUGGCCAAUCGAUGAACCUCACGCCACCACCGGGCUUCAUGACCGCAAGGGAACAACCGCCAGAGCAGCGAUCCGAAAUCCAGCAGCAUCCAAAGUAGCUCAGCAGCAGCCCGUGAAGUGAAGAAAUGGUCAAACUUUGAUCGAAGCAAAGCGCGGAAAAUAAAAGAAGUGAAAAAGAGAUAUUAGAGUGGAGCCUUUGUGAAUGUGAGUGGAGGAGAGGUUGUAUGUGUGACGACACACUACUUACCACGCGGCAAGAAGAAGAGAUUUAGCAGCGCAGCGCACGAAAGCAAAGCAGGAAGAGAGCAGCUAGAACCCGCGCGUGAACUUGGAGUUGGAGCAGCAGAAGGAACAACAACAACAACAACAAUGUUGAAAUUCAUACGUGGAAAAGGCCAACAACCUUCGGCCGAGCGGCAGAAGCUCCAGAAGGAACUAUUUGCAUUCCGGAGGACGGCCCAGCAUGGCUUCCCGCACAAACCGUCGGCGCUGGCGUACGACCCGACGAGCCGGCUGAUGGCCAUCGGAACCAACAGUGGCAUCAUCAAGGUGUUUGGCCGGCCGGGGGUGGAGUUUUACGGCCAGCAUCCGGCCAGUACGAACGCGGCGGAUUUGAUCGUCCAGCUGCUGGAGUGGAUUCCCGGCAGCGGUCGGCUGCUGUCGUUGACGGCGUCGAACCAGCUGAUUCUGUGGGAACCGGCGGGGACGAUGCUGGUUCCGAUCAAGACGCUUCCGUUCGACGGGAAGUUGAAGAAGAUUUCGUCGCUGUGCUGUUCGUACAUGAAGGACACGGUGUGGAUCGGGACGGAGGGCGGCAACGUGUACCAGUUUGACAUCCGGAGCUUUUCGGUGCGGGAACCGGUGAUUUAUCACGACGUCGUGCUCGAGCAGCUGCCCCAGUCGUACAAGCUGAACCCGGGCGCGAUCGAGUCGGUGAAGCAGCUGCCGCACAACCACAACCAGCUGUUGAUCGCGUACAACCGGGGGUUGGCGGUGCUGUGGGACUUGGAGGCAUCGAACGUGAAGCGAUCGUUCAUUUCGCCGGGCCACGGACAGAGCGUUGGGCUGUUUAUUUCACCCUGUGGGACGCAGUUUACGUGGUACCACGCGGACGGUUCGUUUGCCACGUGGGACCUGGACAGUACGAUCCCGCCGGAGAACCAGAAGUACGUGCCGUACGGGCCCGAUCCGUGCAAGGCGAUCGAUCGGUUGAUCCGCGGCAAGCGUGGCCUGUGCGAGUUGGUGGUCUUUGCCGGAGGAAUGCCACGGUCGGCGUACGGUGAACGUCAGUGCGUUUCGGUGCACUGCCGGGACGGGACCAAGGUCGCGUUCGAUUUCACCUCUAAGGUGAUUGACUUUUUUGUGACGUUCAACGAGGAACGCGAGGAUCAGGCAGAGGUGCUGGUCGUGCUGCUCGAGGAGGAGCUGGUCGCGUACGACUUGACGGACGAAACGUUGCCCCAGAUCAACGCUCCGUAUCUGCACUCGUUGCACGCCUCGGCCGUGACCUGCAACCAUCUGGUGUCGCAGGUUUCGGCGGAAGUUUACGCCAAGAUUGCCCGCGCAGGUGAAGCGCAACUCGCCGAGUACAGCUCGAAGGCGUGGCCCAUUAACGGGGGGUCGGUUAAGGAGGAAUCGGCCGAUGAGCAUGGUGAAGAGGAGUACGAUCUGAUGAUCACCGGGCAUGAAGACGGGUCGGUCAAGUUUUGGAACUGCUCGGAGGUGUGUCUAACUCCGCUGCUGCACGUCAAGACUUCCCCGCUGUUUUUGAACGCCGACGCCGAUUUUGAGGAUCACGCGUUGAAUACCUCGACGGAACAGCUGGAGGAUGGGGAGCCACCGUUCCGUAAGGCAGGUCAGUUUGACCCGUACUCGGACGAUCCGCGUCUCGCGGUAAAAAAGGUACAACUCUGUCCUAAGACUGGCACGCUGAUAAUCGCUGGAACCGCCGGUAAUGUAGUGGUGGCCAACUUUGAGCCCGCUCCGGAGGAAGCAGGCCCGCUGAAGCUGACCACCAUGAAUCUGGUGAGCGAUCGCGACGGCUUUGUCUGGAAGGGACACGAUCAGCUGAAGGUCAAACGACAGCUGCUGGAGGAGAACACCCCGUUUUUGGAAGGCGUCAACUUCUUCAGUGUGCUGCAGGUGCUGCCACCGGCAGCCGUGACCUGCAUCGCCGUCCAGAGCCAGUGGAGCUUGGUGGCCGCGGGAACCGCCCACGGUCUCGUCCUGUUCGAUUACCACACCCAGAGUCCGGUGCUGAACAAGUGCACCCUCAAUCCGAACGAUUUGACCGGAGCCGGAGAGACGCUGUCGCGGCGCAAGUCGUUCAAGAAGACGCUCCGCGAAUCGUUCCGACGGCUGCGUAAGGGAAGAUCUACGCGGAACGCCGGCGGUCAAGCGGCGACCACUCCGGCCGAGACGCGCCCCGUCGAGCGGCAGAUCGAGGCACGCGCCGUGGACGACGGCAUGGGUUCGAUGGUGCGCUGUUUGACCUUCGCCCAGACGUACCUCACCAGCCAGCAGCACACCAUUCCGACGCUGUGGUCCGGCACGAACUCGAGCUGCGUUUCGGUGUUUGUGCUGCACGUUCCACCGAGGCAGCAGCAAGCUCCGGCGGUGCAGCCCGGCGAGGCCAACGUUGACGCAGGGGACGUCCCGCCGCCGAAGCCCGUCACCGGACAGCUGGCGAAGGAGAUUCAGCUGAAGCACCGCGCGCCGGUCAUCGCGAUCGCCAUUUAUGAUCAGCAUGGCGUCCCGCUGGAGUUCCAACCCACGCCCGGUCCGGGCCCGCACAAGGUCCUCAUCGCGAGCGAGGAGCAGUUCAAGGUGUUUUCGCUGCCCCAGCUGAAGCCCGUCAACAAGUACAAGCUGACGGCGCACGAAGGCGCCAGGGUCCGUCGCAUCGCGUUCGCCACCUUUUCGUGCACCGUUCCGGCGCACGCCCUACAGCAGCACAGUCCUUCGAAGGCCACCGCUUCGGCGUCGCCCUCGGCGGAAGCGCUCAACACGAGUACGGCCGAAUCUGGCGUUGGCACUGGCGCAACGUCGGACGCAACCACCCUAACGCACUCCGAAAUUAGCCUGCUCUGUCUGACGAACCUCGGAGAUUGUCUGGUGCUGUCGAUUCCGGAGCUGAAGCGCCAGCUGAAUGCGGCCGCCGUGCGGCGGGAAGAUAUCAAUGGAAUUUCCUCGCUCUGCUUCACGAACCACGGCGAGGCGCUGUACAUGAUGUCCUCGUCGGAGGUGCAACGGGUGACGCUGUCCACCACCAAGAUCGUCUCGCCGACCGGGUUCAUCGAGGUCGAGGAUUGGUCCCACAUUGAGGAGGCGGACGAUGACGAAGGGGGAGCGCCUGCUGCAGCAGCUGUCGUCGAGGCAGCUGAAGAAGCGGUUGAGACCGGUGCCACCGAGAAGGCCAUCGACGUGCGGACGCCGCUCGCGAUCGCCGUCACGGCCAUCAACGGAACGACCAACGGGGACGGACACUUGACCAACGGGGUGAACGGAACCGGCGGAAGUGGGGACGAGGGCGCGUCACCGAACAAGGCCAACGAAACGAUCACCAGCUCGAUCGGGGACAUUACGAUCGACUCGGUGCGGGACCACCUGAACUCGACCACGACGACGCUCUGCUCGACGACCACGGAGGAGAUUGUGGGUCGCCUCUCGGUGCUGAGCACCCACUCCAACAACGUGUCCUCGUCGGCCAAGACGUCCGAAAUUACCGCCCUCAACUCGUCCAACAUCAAAGACCUGAAGCUGGUCGGCGACUCGACGGAGACGGCCGCCAACUCGGUCAUCAUCAAGUCGGUCAUCACGACGGUCAAGCACGGCAUCGGGCACGUCAACGGGGAGUCUGCGGCGGCGACGACGACGACGACGACAACGGAAAGCAGCAAGACCAUUACAGGUGGGGCGUCGUCACCGCCGCCGGUGGCGGUUCCACUGCUCCGGAAGGAGAGCCAGUUUUAAGGAAGGUUUGACGGACGACGAUCGAGAGCAGAGUUAAGUUUGAGCUAGUUUAUUAACGAUAACGACGUAUUUUUUUUUACUGCGAUGGACGCUUUUCUAGUGUGGAAAAGAGUCGAGUAUUUUUUUCUUUUCUAUUUUAAAUUAGUGUUUUAGUUAAGUUAGUGGGAGGGAUGUGUUUAUUGGACGAGAAUUAAAAAUUCAAAUGUGCGAAAUUCGUUGUUGAGUCUUUUUACUACGGACAGAUGGACGCAUUUAUCGACGAACGUUGUGAUAAUCUUAUGCCGCAGACAGAGAAAUGCGGAAUCACACACUUAAUAUAUUACUUGUAACACAAACCAGCAAAUGCCUUUCAAACCUUGAUGUAAUUAACAAAUAAGCAGGUUAAUAUAUUGCGCCUUGCAGCAAUUCCUAGAGUUUUGUGUCAAUCGUGCUAGGCCUAGAUUUUUUCAUCACACUGCUUUGCAGGACUGAGAACUGUCAACUUUGCGCACUUUGCACCUCAGUAGAGUGCUGCGGGAAAAUUUUCAUCACAGUUGGCAAACUGAUUUUCCAUCACACCAUCAAACAAAACAAGUGUAAUGCAUCGACUUCUGACCACAAUCUAGUCACCAAGCUAUGGUAGCCGAGGCAGUUAAGUCAUUGAGAUGGUCUGUUAAAGGUUACUGGCACGAUUCUCCUAGUUGACACUUUUGGGUUUUUUUACGGGUUAUUUUUUCUAAUGAGCUCGAGGGCAUAAUUAUAUCGGCCAUCUUGUAACCGUUGAUCACAGUUCUUGAACGAACCUCUACGUUUAAACAUAAUUCCUCAACAUACAACACUACACCCUACACUAGCAGCGAAGGGGUUUGCGUACCGCAUCAAAAAUGGGUGGGAUUGGAAAAUGGUGGAGUUUCCCUCCGGAAAAGAUUAGGAAGGAGAAGUGAAAUUUUAUCGCCGAUUCCAAAGAUCGGGGUUUUUUGCCAUUCAGGCGUCUGUGUGGUUAGUCGAGUGUCCCAGUGUCAGUCCCGUUUUCGUACUGGUCACGCUCUGCAUUCCGGAAGAGGAAGUGCCUCGGCGGAAGUCAAUAAUCCGCAGGACCUCGGCAACCCACGGUUUUUGGUCGGUCCAGGCCUGUGAGUGCGCAGGGGCCAUUGACUGCAUCGAAACGUCCACCAUCCAUCUCCACCUCUGGCGGACCAUCUUCAUCUCUGGCGGACCAUCUUCACCUCCAGCGCGGAACGCGCCAUUAUCGUCAAGGAGGUUCCCCUCUCGGUUCAACCGCAUCAGCCAGGUGCUGGGUUGGCUGAUACCGUCACUGAGGGGAGACGCCUAGCCGCGCGGAAGUCUAGCAACGCCCGCUCGACAUCCGGCAGCGAAAUCCUGUCCGAAGCAGCAACAACAGCCAUCAUUUGACUCCAAAGAUCCACCGUAAGCCAAGAUGCCGGCGCAACACCACUGCAUCCCGGCACCGAAGACCACGAUUCCACAGUCGGAACAAGUCGUAGACCCUUUAAUCACUUAGAUGAUCCGAAACACAUUCUCUGGGCUGGACGAGCUUUCUGAACUUCCAAAAAUAAAUAAAUAAACAGCCUGCUAUAGCAACGGAUAUUUUCGUCAUCACUGUGAAGAAAAAUCACUGUGAUUAAAAAAUACUGUGAUGAAAAUAAUUGCGCAAGACUCUAGUAAAGUGCAAAAUGCGCAAUAAAAGUGACAAUUCCCCAUUUAAAGUUAAACGACAUCGAAGAAUUAGAAGAGAAAAAUAUAACGAAAAACUUUUACAACAACAAAAAAAAAACACGAAAGUAUUGAAACUGCUGCUAGUUUAUUCUUCUGCUAAAAGAAAAAAAAAACACAAACGACAAGCUUGUCCGAUCAAUCGUAAAAUAAAGUUAAAGUAAAUUAAACAUAAAACAUUUAUUUAUUAGUUUGUUAAGUGCCGCUUCGCCAGCAAGCAAAAGAUUUCGAAAUAUUUUUUUUUAUCACCGUCACCCCCCAUUUUUUUGAUCCCCGGUUUUUAUUUGACCGCAGGUGCGCUCCCAAACUUGCUCGAAUUUGAAACCCCUCUUCAUCAUCAUCGAGCCGAGCGCGCGACGAAGGAAAAUAAAAUCAAUUCGUUAGUUGAUAGUGUAAAGAGUUGGUAUUUAUACAAACACUUAAUUAUAUAUUUGAUUAAAAGAAAAGAAAAA